CCGGGCCGGCGGUGGGCGGGGCCCGGGCUCCUAUCAUGGCGGCGGCGGUGGCGGCGGCUGCUUCCCCAUUCUGGCUGUGGGCCGCCCUGCUUAUCCCUGCGGCCGCGGUCUACGAAGACCAAGUGGGCAAGUUUGACUGGAGACAGCAGUAUGUUGGGAAGCUCAAGUUUGCCUCCUUGGAAUUUUCCCCCGGAUCCAAGAAGUUAGUUGUGGCCACAGAGAAGAAUGUGAUUGCAGCACUGAAUUCUCGGACAGGGGAGAUCUUGUGGCGCCAUGUGGACAAGGGCACAGCGGAAGGGGCAGUGGACGCCAUGCUGCUCUACGGACAAGAUGCAAUCACUGUGUCCAAUGGAGGCCGGAUCAUGCGCUCCUGGGAGACUAACAUCGGGGGACUGAACUGGGAGAUGACCUUGGACAGCGGCAGUUUCCAGGCGCUUGGGCUGGUAGGCCUCCAGGAGUCGGUGAGGUACGUUGCAGUCCUGAAGAAAACCACUCUUGCCCUUCAUCACCUCUCCAGUGGGCACCUCAAGUGGGCAGAACAUCUCCCAGAAAGUGACAACAUCCACUACCAGAUGGUGUAUUCCUAUGGCUCUGGGGUAGUGUGGGCCCUCGGAGUCGUUCCCUUCAGCCACGUGAACAUUGUCAAGUUUAACGUGGAGGAUGGAGAGAUUGUUCAGCAGGUCAGAGUGUCGACUCCCUGGCUGCAAAGUCUCACUGGAGCCUGUGGUGUGGUGGAUGAGGCUGUCCUGGUGUGCCCUGACCCCAGCUCACGGUCCCUCCAGACCUUGGCCCUGGAGACAGAGUGGGAGUUGAGGCAGAUCCCCCUGCAGUCUCUUGACCUAGAAUUUGCAAGUGGAUUCCAGCCCCGGGUCCUGCCGACACAGCCCAACCCCGUGGAUCCUUCUCGAGCCCAGUUCUUCCUACAGUUGUCCCCGAGCCACUAUGCUCUGCUGCACCACCACCACGGGGUCCUGAGUCUGCUCAAAAACUUCCCGCAGACUGCCCUAGUGAGCUUUGCCACCACUGGGGAGAAGACGGUGGCCGCAGUCAUGACCUGCCGGAAUGAGGUGCAGAAGCCUAGCAGUUCUGAAGAUGGGUCAAUGGGGAGCUUCUCAGAGAAGUCCAGUGCACAGGACUCGCUGGCUUGCUUCAACCAGAGCUACACCAUCAACCUCUACUUGGUGGAGACGGGUCGGCGGCUGCUCGACACCACGAUCACCUUCAGCCUGGAACAGAACGGCACCCGGCCGGAGCGGCUGUACAUCCAGGUCUUCUUGAAGAAGGAUGACUCCGUGGGCUACCGGGCCUUGGUGCAGACGGAGGACCACCUGCUGCUUUUCCUGCAGCAGCUGGCAGGGAGGGUGGUGCUUUGGAGCCGCGAGGAGUCCUUGGCCGAGGUGGUGUGCCUGGAGAUGGUGGACCUCCCCCUGACCGGGGCGCAGGCUGAGCUGGAAGGGGAAUUUGGCAAGAAGGCAGCAAUUCAAGACGGCUUGCUGGGCAUGUUCCUGAAACGCCUCUCGUCCCAGCUCAUCCUGCUGCAGGCAUGGACUUCCCACCUCUGGAAAAUGUUCUACGAUGCUCGGAAGCCCCGGAGUCAGAUUAAGAAUGAGAUCAACAUUGACACCCUGGCCAGAGACGAGUUCAACCUCCAGAAGAUGAUGGUGAUGGUGACGGCCUCAGGCAAGCUUUUUGGCAUCGAGAGCAGCUCUGGCACCAUCCUGUGGAAACAGUAUCUCCCUAACGUCAAGCCCGACUCCUCCUUUAAGCUGAUGGUCCAGAGGACAACUGCCCAUUUCCCCCACCCUCCUCAGUGCACUCUUCUGGUCAAGGACAAGGAGACGGGGAUGAGUUCGCUCUAUGUCUUCAACCCCAUUUUUGGGAAGUGGAGUCAGGUGGCCCCUCCAGUGCUGAAGCGCCCCAUCUUGCAGUCUUUGCUUCUCCCCAUCAUGGAUCAAGACUACGCCAAGGUGCUACUGUUGAUAGAUGACGAGUAUAAGGUCACUGCUUUCCCGGCCACUCGGAAUGUCCUGCGGCAGCUCCAUGAACUCGCCCCUUCCAUCUUCUUCUAUUUGGUGGAUGCGGAACAGGGACGGCUGUGUGGCUAUCGACUGCGAAAGGACCUCACCACUGAGCUGAGCUGGGAGCUGACUAUCCCCCCGGAGGUACAGCGCAUCGUCACGGUGAAGGGGAAGCGCAGCAGCGAGCACGUCCACUCCCAGGGCCGCGUGAUGGGGGACCGCAGCGUGCUCUACAAGAGCCUGAACCCCAACCUGCUGGCCGUGGUGACGGAGAGCACAGAUGUUCACCACGAACGCACUUUCAUCGGCAUCUUCCUCGUGGACGGCGUCACCGGGCGCAUCAUCCACUCGUCCGUGCAGAGGAAGGCCAGGGGCCCCGUCCACAUCGUGCACUCGGAGAACUGGGUGGUGUACCAGUACUGGAACACCAAGGCCCGGCGCAACGAGUUCACCGCGCUGGAGCUCUACGAGGGCACCGAGCAGUACAACGCCACCGCCUUCAGCUCCCUGGACCGCCCGCAGCUGCCCCAGGUGCUCCAGCAGUCCUACAUCUUCCCAUCCCCCAUCAGCGCCAUGGAGGCCACCAUCACGGAGCGGGGCAUCACCAGCCGCCACCUGCUGAUUGGGCUGCCUUCUGGAGCGAUUCUCUCCCUUCCUAAGGCCUUGCUGGAUCCCCGCCGCCCCGAGAUCCCAACAGAACAAAGCAGAGAGGAGAACCUGAUCCCAUAUUCUCCAGACGUACAGAUCCAUGCAGAGCGGUUCAUCAACUAUAACCAGACAGUUUCUCGAAUGAGAGGGAUCUACACAGCUCCCUCAGGCCUGGAGUCUACUUGUUUGGUGGUGGCCUACGGCUUGGACAUUUACCAGACUCGAGUCUACCCAUCCAAACAGUUUGACGUCCUGAAGGAUGACUACGACUACGUGCUCAUCAGCAGCGUCCUCUUUGGCCUGGUCUUUGCCACCAUGAUCACUAAGAGACUGGCCCAGGUGAAGCUCCUGAACCGUGCCUGGCGGUAGAGACCUGAGACCCACUGCCAGAGGCCAGAGAGGAGUGAGGGUCAGCUCAGAGGCUCCAGCUGCAGCUGACAUCACGGGGAGGAUGAGCCUUGGGCACUCAUCUUGGUUGAGAGUUGGGAGAAGAAGUUAGACUCUGGCGGAGACUCCUUUUGCGAUGCGUCUGAUGCGGCAUCAUCGGCGGGGGAUGAAGGCUGAACUGUCCCCCACCUGAGACCUCAAAGCAUCUUGGACUUUGCCUUGGAGCCCCAAGGCGAUUGCCCUGUUCCCUUUCUGUGCCCAUCCAUGAAUGCUGGUGUUUGAUAAGACCUCCAACAGAGUGUUCUGUGGAAGGCCUGUUUAAGUGGAUUUGGGUUUGCCUUCUAUUUCCCAGGUUGAUCUAGAAAUCUUUCUGAUUGUUUCCCUGCUCCCUGCUUCAAAGUCAGAAGGGAACUCUCACCGAUGACUCCGCCUUCUAGGGGAGAAAGAAGAUCUGUCCUUAGCUGAGGUUCGAGGACGGCUCCAGCCUCUCAUGGCUUCUCUCCAAAGGUCUACGAAUCUCUCUCUGGUGUCAGAACUUCUUUCACCUAAGCCUCCAGUUUCAGGUUCCCAUUCGCCCAGUCUUAGAUUCGGAUUAUCAAGAGCCAAGUAUGUUAUAGUGCCUUGGUUUGUUGGUCAGUGUCCAUGCAGCUGGGGCCUUGUAAACAGUGCUGAAUUAUGUGAACCUCGAAUUGGUUUCAAGGGAAGAAGGCAAAUCUCCCCAUUUCACAGUCCUCAGAAUCUCUCACUUCACCCAAAUCAGCUUCGAACCUAAUUAGAGAAGGUUGUCUUUAAGAACCUCCUUAUUUAUUUUUAGUUGUAAAUGAAUGUGUGGGUUACUGUAUUUUCUCUGAAAAACGAGCAGAUUUUAACUGAUCUUUACAAAAGGAAGGGAGAAAAGGGUAGGGGGAAGGAAACUGGCAUCUUGUGGCUGUCGCGUUGCUGACUGGCUGGGCUGUUGUCUCUGCUACAGACUAAAAGUGUCCUAAAGAGUUCCCUUGUUCAUGGAUUUGGGGAAUGAUGGGGGUUUUCUUUACUGGGAAGAAUGCAAUACACACAGACCCCUGUUGGAAGAGAAGUACAUUUACAUGUCUGAAUAAAGUGAGCGACAAAUGA